CGCAUCAUGUACAUGCCCAGCUCAAGAUGGACGUGGUCAUUCCUAAUGAUUGCCGUCUGUCAAGCCGCCAUCGGUCUAGGACUUGAANNGGGUGCGUCCUAUGUUUUCGCCAAGUUCCAGAUCUCGCUCAACCCCGAAGCGCGAAAGACAACACAAUCACGAACCAUCCCUACAUACCUCGCCUUGUUCAUUUUCGGAUUCAUCUACCAACUCGCGCUCGUCUGGGAUGCUUUACGCCUGAAGAACACGAUUCAAGUCAUCGGACUCUGUCUUUACAAUCUCGGUCUACUCAUAUACGCUACCGUACAGUACGACCAAAUUGAUCGCGCUGUCCAAGUUCUGAAUCAGGCCAAUGAGAUCGAACACGGCUUUGGUCGUGAUGUGAAGCCUUUCCUCGUUGCAGUACCCUGCGUUCUUGCGCUGGGCACAAUAGCUUUCAGUAUCGUGGCGUGGAAGUUGUAUGACGAGUUCGCCUGGACCAUUUACAAGCACAUCUCAGCAGACUUGCGCUUGAAGCGACGUUAUCUUGUUUACCAGAUUUACAUCGCCCUCCUUAAGUUUGACUUUUUCUUCUUCCUCGGAUUCACAGUACAAUUUGUCGUUGUGGUUCGCGAGCACACCUCCAACAUCGAAUUCGCUCUCACAAUUGCCGCCAUUCCCGUUACCAUUGCAAUCUUGCUUGCGGCUGCAUGGUUCACAAGACGCGAGUCUACGUUGGGAAUGUGCAGCACGAUCGUACUCUACUUCGCCGCCAUGGCCUACUUCCUUUUCAAGCUCGUGCGCAUGUAUGACUCGAACAAUCCGGAAAGAGUGGAAGACUACGAGCCUGCGCGGAAAAGUCUGACGACGUUUGCUGUUAUCACGCUUCUGCUGUUGAUUUUGACAAUCAUCAAUUGCGCAUGGUGCACGGCGAACUUCAACAAAGGCUUGAAGCCUCACAUUCAACGACGAAGAGUGAUUGGAGUCGAGGACAAGAGCUAUCCGUAUGAAAGACGGCACAACUCGUUGGGAGGAGCGCAUGCCAUGGGAGCAGUCCCAUCGAGGAUGACGAUUGACUGA